AUGCGCCCAAGUAUUUCAGACGUCAAAGAAUGGGUGACGACAUUUCAGGAAAUUUGGAAGUUUGGUCAGGAGAUCGUUCGCACAGCCUCUUCGAGGAAGAAUCAUGCCUCAAGGAUCCCAACGCGUGUUGCAUAUUUUGCCCGAAAGGAAGAAGCAGAAAUAAGGGGGAAGCUGAAGAUUCUUUGCAAAGGAAGAAAUUCCAACAACGUCGUAAAGACUCUCUUACUACAUGGACCAUCCGGAUACGGAAAACAUUAUUCAGCUGCAAAAGUAAUGGACACAAUUUACACAUCGCGAAUAACAAAUUCCUUCGUGUCACGCACUGACCAAGCUAAAACAAAAUUUUUCCUACAAAAACCGGCGAUACGGUGGACUUUAAAUGCGACAAACACAAGAACCCUAUUUGAGAGUUACUCCAGUCUGGCGAAAGAAAUUGGCUUGAUCGACGAAGCCAAAGCUGCCUAUUGGGAGCUCCCACUUCACAGCAGGACAUCUGAGGGAAGGCAAUAUCAAAUGUACCUACACGAUCGUUGUGAAAAAGACGCUUAUGACGAAGCUUUGGAACAAAUUUACGAAGGAGUUAUGAGGGCACUGGGACAAAACGAUUCGUGGGUGAUUUUGAUCGAAGGAUCCUCUGAAAAGGUGGCUUCUCUUAGAAGAUUUUGGCCUCAACCUGGUGAUAACGGGUUCGGAAAUGGUCUAGUCAUAAUGACAACUGGUGACAAUAACAACUCAAAACUUCUGUUUGGAGAUGAAGAUGACUCUGUACUGCAGAAAGUGUACAUUGGAAAAAUGACAAACCAAGAUGCAGUUCAGUUUCUUCAAAGCAAAACGGACAUGAAAGCAACUGGAAGUGACACAAAGUAUGCUAAAGACAUAGCUGUCGACAUGCUAAAGUGCAAUCCCCAAGAUAUAGCAAAGUGAGUCUGUAAAGGAUGAUCAAAUAAAAAUUAAUGAAGUUUUAAACAACACUAGCACCUUAAGUAGAGAACGUCAUAUACAUUGUAUCCACCCUUGAAGAGUCUGCCAAGUAAUAGCUACUCCAGAAGAAAAAAAACUGAUAAAUUUACAGGUGUUAUCUUCUGACAGCUGGUGUAGGAAGAUAGAAGGAGUGUUGGUGGAUGACCGAGUUUAGAUGUUUUAUCUUUGAUUCCUCUGUACAAAGAUAUGAUAGUAUACAUUAUUUUUUCCCUCACUCCAAAGUUUUUCGCAUCCAUUCAAUUUCCAGAGGCUGUAUAGGGCAAGGAUAGGUUCUCUAAAUUUAUCUUACUGUUUUGUUUUUCUUGACUUUAGGUUUGGAAAAUUUGUGAAAAACUACAAGGAAGAGACCGAAAGGAACUUUACUUACAAAGAUUUAGCUGGGACGGAAACAGAAACUCCUAAUGAGUGCAUGUUGCUCCUCGAAAUGACUCGUAAAAAUCAAGAAAAGGUACUUGCCAAGAAUUGAAGAGAAGAGAGUAGUGUCAAUUAAAUUAACAGUUAGUGACUUUUAAAGAAUCAUGGAGAUCGAGGAGGGUGUUAUCCGUCGAGGCCGUAGGCCAAGGCGUAUAACACCCUCCGAGAUCUCCAUAAUUCUUUCUAAGAUACUCAGCCUCAUUCAUUAAUUCUCUGUUCUUGCCAUGUUUUCAGCUAUUAUUUCGCCGAGUUCUUACUCUCGAAACGAGUGAAAUGUCCGCCAUUUUUUGGUUUCACAACCAAAACAACUCAACCUCGUCCCCAGGUCUUCUCGGUUAACGGUGCAUUAACCUGCAAGGAAGCUGCACUUUUGACGUCAUCGGUUGACUAAUCGCAAAAUUCUUCCAAAUUUGGUCAUCAGUAGCUGGUUAUGGUGAAUUAUGCGUGUGCUUUUAGCCAUUUAGAAUCGGGGAAAUAUUUUGAAUGAAUGAUAAUAGUUCUACCUGCAGUGUUCUCUAGUACCUGCGACAUAACCGCCGGUACCGCCUGAAAGACUGACACGAUAUAAUAAUUACCGAUCCGCCUUGCCUUCAAUUUUAGGUCUCAUCAGUUCUCUAUUGCAGAUCCUGAUCUACACAAAGAUCCGGCUUUCCCACUUGUCCGUGUGUUAGUGGUCCUGGCAAGAAUUGUUCACCGUUAUAACAAUCCGAACAGCAUUCACCGGCAACAGAGACUAUCUAGAUCUUAAUUUUCCAAUUUUCACCGCCGGAAUGCAUGGUGACAGUAAAAAUCCUGCAACGGGGCUCCGUUGCCGUCGUUCAAUCCUCCACGUAGCAGAACAGAUUCGCAGGCUAUAUAGCGGAUACUGUCGACUGUCGGCUGUGUAUGAAAAUAUGGCUUUGAUUGAGUUGACAGUCCCCAAUAGGUUUUUUGGGAUCCGGGAUUUCCCUUGUUAUUUGAAGCUCGGGAUUCGGGUUUUUAAAGCAAAAUUGGGCGAGACUCGGGAUUGAAAGUGUGCACGCGAGUUAGAAUGCCCAAAAUAACCCUCGGGAUUAUGGGAUUGCACGAAAUUUUGGGUCCGGAUUACGGGAUUGAAAAACCCUUUUGGGGACCCUCUGAGUUUUGUGACUUGAAAUUUCCUGAUAAACGGUCUCAGCAUCAUGUUAUCAAGCAUAGGAGCAAAAAAUCAAACGGUUUAAAAUAACCCUGUGAGUUUCUGCUAAGUGGUGAUGUUCAACGGUCCCCAUAACUAAUUCCCUCAAACAUUUGGACCGAUGAACGUGAUGAAGUCGAAAACGGUCGAUAAACCAGAUCUCGUUCGUAAUUAUUUAAGUCCAUUUUAAAUCCUUUCUUUCGGGUAGAAGAAGAAAAAAAAUGAAUGUUGAAGCCUACAAGCAGGCCCACUUGUGCGAAUUCGGUGAAAAUAUUGGCGACGGAACCUCCAUCGCGCGUUUCCUCGCGGUUAAAGAACCACUAGGCAUGUUGGAUUGGAUAGGAAAGGCACCUUGCAUAGGACUUUUGAGUCCUGUUCAUUUCCUCCCCUCUGGGUUGGGCUGAGCUCAGAAAAUUAAAGCUGGCAACGAAGUUAAAACGUAGCAAAACAAAAUGCUGGGUCUUUGAGGAUGUCACAACAUUUGACCUGGAGCCCGGUAUUGAUAGGGCUGUUGAUAGGGGUGUCAGAUGGUUUCUUCCUCGGCUCUCAACAAAAGUUGAAAAACUAACAUAACAUUCAGAUCCUUUGACUGAACCUUUACAGGUGCCAAAAUAAGAUCCACUUUUUCAUCCCCACAAAUAAAACAAAGAUUUUUAUGAGCUUGAUUUUGUUCAAGACGAGUUUUAGAAUCUAUUUUGGGGUCAGCGUUUCCAAACUUUCUCCAGAGUAGCCCGAAAAGUCAUUUGAAGUGUGGCGAAAAUUUGGAGUAGUAAAUCUCACAUUUCGGUUUGGACAAACAAACGAAACAAGAGUAUAGAAGCGACUAACUCAAUAUACUUGUAUUUAAUGACAUUUACAAGAACGAAACUUGUUUUCUCUUUCUUGACAGAUUUUGAAAUUCUUGGCGUGCUGUUCAGUUGAAUCCGACUAUUUGCCUUUACACUGUCUAGAGAGUUGUUUUAAAGAGGCCAGAGAGACUGUAAAACAAAGCAACUUUGUGGAUGUUCUUGAACGAGACGGAGUAAAAGUAGUCACAAUGCAUGAGAGGGAUCAUAAGACACUGAGAGACUUACUGACCGGUCGAAAACUAUCAACAUGCGGUAAGAAAGGAAAAAGGGGUACUAUAUUGGGAGAAGUUUGUUAAGUUAUUGUAGCAAAUUUGAAAAUAAAUUCAUUUAAGGUCCUUUCCAAUUUUAAUGUAUAUAGAAAUAUUAUUGUAUUUCAACCAUAGUCCCCUCAUAUUUAGCAUUUAGCACUCUUUUAGUAGCCCAUGCAAAAGGAGCACCAACAAAGUCUACCACAAUACAAGACUCUCUUCUUUACCAUCACUGUUAAGUUUUCUUCUUUUCAAAGUACUUUCCGAUGCUGUGAAGGUGGGUAGAUGUGUUUGUAGAUUUAAACUGUUGACCUCUGGAUCUGUCACAAGGUUUUUAAUUUCCUUCCUGCUCUUCUCCAACAGCUGGGUUAUGAGUUAAUGGUUUUUUUGGUUUGCCAUCCAGCUUUCACGAGCAACCUCAAGGAUUUUUCUAGAAUACCGUGAGCCACUGACGUUAGUUCUGUUGAAAUUCUCCCUGUAAAAUUAUUGACAGUGGCUGUGGUUCAUGCUUUCAGUUUCUGAACUCAUAUACCGCUUAGAUAAACAAGUGGCUUUCCCUGAGCCAUGUUUUGCUUUAAAUUUUCAGAGGAAACAUGGCCUGGCUUCUUUUGGCAGCUUGUGAAACAGGGAACCGGUCUAAUUAGAGACGAGACAAACAAGAUUAGCUCGCCAAAAUUAUCAGCUUCUGAUGUACUUCAGGCCAUUAAAUGUCUAAGCAACAAUUGCAAAGAACCCUUGCAACAGAGAAGAGAUCAGGACUUCAUUAUGCUGCACAAAAUAUUGCCACAUUUGAAAACGGCAAUGGAGGUAAUUAACCCUCUCAUCGUUCAUCUUUCAAAGGUUUUUGACAGUACUAUUCUGUUCAAAAUCUUUGCACGCCUUGCUUAACUUAUUUUAACUUCACUCAAUUUAACAGCUGGGCAAGUAUCUGAUACCACAAAGUGAUGGCGAGGAAAAUCCACUCAUCGUGGCUGAUGGACACGCAUGUCUGGGAGAAUUGUUGCUCUUUGUUGGUGAGUCCGAGGAAGCGAGAAAAAAUCUGGAGAUUGCCUUACGUGGUUUCAAAGAUUAUAGCGGCCCGGAGAAUGUGCUACUUGACAAAGCCAACGUGCUUCAUUUCCUCGGAGAGGCGUACUGUAACAGGUAUGAUCAGUCCAGUCGAUCCCCAUACAUCAUCCGUUACAAGCGGGUACUCAUUUAAGGUACCUGCUACAUACAAACAAUCACACUAUAACAGGCACCUCUCUUAAGCGGAUACUUACGUAAUGGCCCCAGCGACUCACUAACACUGAAAACCUAUCAUAAGCAAACACUUAAUCAUCGUCCCGGAGAGAUACAAACACAGGUCACCUCUCUUAAGCGGACAAUUUUUCCAGUUAAGUCCAGAAAUGUACGCAAUGGCGAAAAUGGCGACCCUGGCAAAACGUCGUCGGAGGUGCUCCUUGGUAAAGUAGACAAGUUGACGAAAAUGACGGAUCUGGAAAAAAUAAAAAAUCUGGCGAAAAUUGCCAUGGGAUUGGCUAAUAUUUGAAAUUUAUAUAGGUAACAAAAGGAGGCCGUUGAAGAGUGGCGAUUUUGACCAAAACGGAGAAGGAUCCCCCUUACAGAGGUGAAAGUUCGCCCAAAUGACCACUUUCUAAGGGGUUCAAGGGCCAUGUCAAUUGAAUUUUUGCCAGGACGUUGCUAAAUUUCGGCCAGAUUAUCCAUUUUAGCCAAAAUCGUCAUUCUCCGGUCCGUCACAAUCGAAACUUUCUAAGAAGCGGGCUUUUUUUUCAUCUCAUUUAAAUUUUGCAUGACCAAAACUUUGCAAAGCCAAAUUAGCCAAAAUCGCCAUUUUCGUCAAAAUUCCUGCUUUCUAAGGGACCCAUUUUGCCAUUAUUUCUUCUUCCCGUCAUUUACCCCUCUUAUACAAGAGCUUUUACCUCCAUUCAACCGCGAGUCAUGUCUGCUUGAUUUUCCACGUUGCCGUACGUUACGUGAACUGCAAACGGCAAACUACAUUUUACAGUCUGUGGAUCGGAAACUUUGGUAGUGAGGUGUCUCAAUGAAUCCCUGAGUCGCUACGUUGACUCAGACAGAGAUAUCACUGAGGACCGGCAAGGGUUUACCUAGCCUCGUCACGCGUUCCUACCCCACGUUCGUGGGGGAGGAAAGAUUGCGUGACGAACCCGUAAGAACGUCUGCGUGGGAGGUUAGUGUUUACCACGAAUUGAUGGCUACCAAACAUCCGUUUUUGAUGUGUUUUGGCCUUCCAUGAAUGACAUUAAAUCUUUUGGUGAAUAGCCUGACAAGAGGUGAUAGCGUUCAAAUAGUGUUUUUCAAUGGGCCUUUAGUUGACAUGGGCGCAGUAUAUGCCUGGCUGACUUUCAUUUCCACACAUCCUGAAUAUUGCACGCAUGACUAGUACGCACUGACCUCACCAAUAAUUUGAGCUCUUAAGCUUUUUAGCUCACCCCAACAACGCAUAAUUUGUUAGAAGCGGUAGAGUGAUCAAACCAAAAAUUUGUCGGCCCGGGCCUACAGGUCUAUGGGCUGGCUACGCCCCUGGUUGACUGUACUGAGCCCUUAUUCAAAUUUUCAAAUAGUUAUUGCUUUUUAUAGCUAUCUUGGUGACCCUUCGAAAGGUGAGGAGUAUCUUAAACAAGCCCUCAAAGAAAAAGAACGUCAUUACAAGGGAAAAGCCGAUCCACAAGUUGCUUUUACUUUAAGAAGUCUAGCAAAUGUCUUGAACGAACUGGGGAAGCACAGCGAGGCUAUGUGAGUGUUAUAACUGUAUGCUCUGAAUUACUAUUACUAUUUUGCUUUCUGUGUAAUAAGCUUUAAUCAGUAUGAAUUAAGGUUGCUCUUUACCGAUGAAACUUGUAAGUCUCCCGUUCUAGCGUUUCGUUUUCUUUUCUUUUUUUUUUUCGUGAUGCGCGCCAAAAUUGGAAUCAUGGUCCAGGUGUUCCUGACGCAGCGCCAUGCUUUAUUUGGUGCAGAGAGCUUAAGAAAGAUUGACGCUAAAGAUGUCGAGCUUUUCCGGAAAGGGUCGGUCCGCGAAUUCUAUCGCUUGAAAGCGUUGAUUUCCUUCAGGAGCAAGUGAAUAUUUCAGUAAAAACUUCGAUGGUAAGGCUAUAAACGGGUCGGGUGUUGUAAACGUUCAUUGCAUGCAAAUGAGUCUUGUGAAAAGCAUGCGGUUUAUUUUCGGCGAUGAUUGAAAAACGCGCCAUGUUCGUCACGUUUUUGGUCUCUGGCAAUGAUAUAUUUCUCUCGAAUUGAUUUUCGUGUAUUUAUACACUCGUACUCAAUCAUCGCCCAAGACGAUAUAAAAAGUAGAUGCCCUGAAGAAUACUCGACCGUCGAUAAAGAAGGAAGUGAAAACCUUUUAGCGAGGAAAUCCUGUUUCGUGUAGAAUUAAUCGCCUCCUCAUUUCUUAUCUGAUCUCCAAUCAAGCGAGACUGAACGCUCUUUUAAGAGCGUUCUUGUUGUAGUUAAUUUAGUUAUAGCUCAAAUUAAGGAAAAUAAACAACACAACAAGAAAAAUCGUAUUUCCUGUAUCUUCUGCAGUGAAUAUGCAAAGAGAGCUGUUGAUAUAUAUCAUGAGAAUGGGCACCAUUUCAAGCAAGAAUAUGGCUACAGCCUGAGCACACUUGGUUCGUCGUAUCGUUACUUGGGUCAAUAUGUUCAGGCGGAAAAAUGCCUGAAAGAAGCUCUAAAGAUCUUCAGAUCAGUCGAUGCACCAAGCAAACUACGGGUAACUAUUUAAGAUUGUUGAAGCACGCAAGGACACCUGAUUCAGUUCUUUAUCAUUAACAAUUAAUGAAUUCGGCUUUCGAAGAAUUAUGGAGAUCGAGGAGGGUACAUUAUGCGUGUGCUUUUAGCCAAUCAGAAUCGGGGAAAUAUUUUGAAUGAACAAUUAGACCACUUAAAUGACAGUUAAACCAGGACUCACUUACGGCAGACGUAGUUAAGCCAGGGAGCCUCUAACUGCUACCGAUGACACUAAACUCAAGAUGGAGUUGAAAGACUAUCUAAUAAAUGGGUUAAACCAAAAAAGCCUUACACGCCACCAGCUACUACUUUGAGUGACUGACAGCUUUUCCCGAUGACGGGUUAAUCUAUUAAUAGCCGUAAGAAUCUUCAGUAACAUGCAGUGACCAUGAGUGACCGAGACCUUAGAGAAAUGGUACCUCCAGAACGAUGCGUGGGCUCUUUAGCUUGAGGCAAUUACGGUGAUACUUUAUCCAUGAUCGCAUAAUUUACAUAGUGCAAGCAUCCAGGCAAGCAUGCCUACUUCUUUUACAAUAAAGGUUGAUGUAUCCGAAGCUGCAUUUUUUCGUGCAUAUUUUCCUUACAAUGUUACAAGUUACAAAAACAUAGUUGCUUUACUAUAUAUGGUAACCCAGAAGAUGUCUUUUACAGAUGGGUGUCACCCUAAGCAGACUGGCUUCAGUUCAGAGAUGUUUGGAGAAACUGGACGAGAUCAUCAAGUCGUUGAUGGAAGCCAGAGAAAUGCUUGGCAACAAUAAUAUUUACAUCGCUAUCAUACUAUCAAAGCUGAGCGUCGUUUAUCGCCACAAGGGAGAUUCAAAAAACAGUUUGCUUUUUGCAGAGGAGGCUGCAGAGAUCACUGAUAAGCACCAUGGCAGGAAAGAUCACCCUGGUAAGUGCUCAUAUCCUUUACUGGUACUUGACCUAGACCCAUAUUUUCAGGUCACUGUAUAGCUUAAGACGUUCAACUAGAAAAGAUUGGAAGCUAAGGCUAAGCGAUUCACACGUUAGGAUUUGUCCAGCCAAUCUGGAACGAUUGGUGAAGAAAACAAGCUGCAGUGAACACGAAAAUCGACCCGGUAAGGGUUGAUUUCCACUGUCGCGUUAUUUUUCCGUGCAAACGCACUUAAAAUCUGCGUGUGUAAAUGAAAUAGAGGCAAUGUAUGAAAGGCCACGCGUAAAGGUAAAAUUUGAGCAUGACCUUCCAUUCAACGUCUCUUCAUUCAUUCUUUAUUUAUGCACGUAAAAUUUACGUGCGGACGCAUGGAAUAAUUACGCGACAGUGGAAAUCCACCUUAGUCAUAGCGUAUAAAUUAGCCAUUGUCAGUGUUGGGUCAACAAAACCUCAACUAACUUUAGAAAAUAAUUAACUAAUUAACUAACGUAAGAGGUUGGUUAAUCUGCUCAGUUCGUUUGGGACCGCAUUUGGAACUUGUUUCCGCUUUUUAUAAUACUCAUUUUUUUUUAAACAGUCCUUUUUUUAAUCUCAAUUUCCUUUAUAGGACAUAACGCCAGGGGCAAGCUCACGGCCAUUCUGGAAUCUUUCCUGAAUCUCUCCUUUCCGAAUGAGACUAUGAGCUUGUUUGAUGGCAAAUAAGAUACACAAGGCGGAUAGACUUCUUUAUCUCUUUCUUUUUUCUCUUGUGAAAAGUUAUAGCCACCGCACUGCUAAACCUUGGCCAUGCACAAAGUGAUACGGGGAGAGUGGAAGAUGCAGAAAGAAAUCUAAACAAGGCACUGCAAAUUUACAAAGAACUUCAUGGGGAAAAUCAUCGAAUUAUUGCCGCCAACCUAAACUACCUAGGAUAUGCCUACCUGCAAAUGGGAAAAGUGCAGAAAGCAAAAGAAACGCUGGAAAGGGCAGUAGAAAUCAUGGACAACCUUUCUCCUCCGCAUCCAGGUAAUUUGUUUCUUGAGCCGAAUUUCAGGGGUAAUGUAUUGUUGGAUGUUCUCUAGUACUGCCACCGUUCAGAUCCGUUCUUCAGAAUAUUUCAUUGAACACUGGAAAUUUGCAAGAAACUCUUUGGAACUUUCUAAAAGGUUAUUAAGGAACUGAAAAGAUCAUGCAGUUCAUAGAGGUUUUUAUAUCUUCAUGAACAUGUUUUACAGUCAACUAGCUCUAACAUAGCCUUUGUUUUGAAUAGCAGUAAGUAUCCGUCUUUGUGGAGAGGUGAACGCUUUUACAAGAGUGUGCAAAAUGACUGAAAAAUGGCAGGGCCAACUCUAUUUUAAUAAGCAAUAGAAAACGUUUUCCGUGUUUGCAUAGCCUGAUAUAAACACGAGAGGGGUUGGGAGAAUUCGAGACAGUUAUGCAACCCCGAGACGAAGUCGAGGGUUUGCAUGACUGUCUCGAAUUCUCCCAACCCCUCGAGUGUUUAUAUCAGGCUAUGCAAACACAGGAAAAAAGUUUUAUAUUGCUUUUAUAAAAUUACUUUCCCGAGAAAAACGCAAAACUCUUUGUUAUGGCAUUGAUUAAAAGAGAAAUUCUUACCAGUCGCAAAGUCGUGAACACGAAGGCUUGCACGCGUAAUCAGUUCUUCAUUUGCAAAAAGAUGCUCUCCAAAAUACAGAUUUUUCUCGCUUAAAAUGUCAGCUUAAGCGAAAACAAAAUUGACACAGCUUGUUUGUAGAGAUGUUCCAAGUUUCAGCCGACGAAGGAAUGGGUAAAUGAAGUAAACUUGUCGAGUUUUGAACUCAAAAACUUUUUCAAAUUUGUGCUUGCCUGAUUAGCGCGCGAAAAGCAAAACAUCUUGACGUCACAACCAUGUUUACAUACUCUCAUGCAAACACUCCUCUCGGCCAAUCAGAGGGCGCGUACUAUCUUAGUUUUUGGAGUCAUGUUAGAGAGAUAGAGAGAAAGAGUUCACAAUAUUUUAAUUUUAUUGGCAGAAAAGGCAAACUCACUGAAAAGGCUCAGUAAAGCUUGCUUCAUCCUUGGCGACACCGUAAAAAGUGCUGAUUUAGCAAACCGUGCUCUAAAGAUCUACAAGGAAACGCAUGGAAACAUGAUGCAACACAGAGAAGUAUGUGAUUAACUUUAUACCUCAUGUGUCUCUAAGAAAAAUGAGGGCGUGUUAUAGUAGUGCUAACGUUGAUUUCGUUCACGCAUGGAAACAUGGAAACACGCAUCGUUUAAGACACCCUUAAAAGACAUUGAGAAGGGACACUGGCACUCCAGAUAAUUGAAUAGCCGCGGUACAAGAGGGAAAAUGCCUCAAAUAGCAUGUGUUCGGUUGAAAUAAAAUAAAGGUCUUUUAUCGUUACCUAAGAAAAUGCAGCUCACCUUUUCAACUGGAUCUCUUUUCGUUACUAAGAGAACAUUUCUCGAAGGCUCUUCUCAUCAUAACAUCACCAAAUCCCUUGUCCCGUUCAUAGUUCCAAUCCUAAUUCCAUUACCUUUUCCCUCUCAAAUCCCGAAUCUCAGCCUUCAAAUUUUUACAUAUCAAUGCCGAUCCCGAAAAACUCAUUGUAGACAUUUUAUUGUACGACACUGUUUUACAGGUGAGGAAAUGUACGCUGAGAGUUGCAUACGCAUGCUCAAAGCUUGGACUUUUCAGCAAGGCCAAGGAAUAUCUUAAAGGGGUUGAGCUUGGUUUUUCUGAGGAGAAUAGGGCCCAUCCAGAGUACGCUGUAUUUCUUCGAACAAAAACUGAAAUGGCGUUGGACAAUCUUGAAUUCAGCUGGCCCAAGGAUGAAGAAGGCAUUCAAGAAAUCUUCACAGAGGCAGGAAGAGAUCUCAGUAAAGCAGAUGAAAUAAUUCAACAGUCUCUUGGUAGCGAUCACCAACAGUAUGCAUUCUUGAAGCGAGAAAAAGCUCGUCUAUACGUUCUUACGGGCCAUUACGAGAAAGCCUGGAAAGAGAUUGACUAUGCUCUUGCUAUUGCUACGACCUACCAAAGGCGUGACUUAGAGGCUGUUUUUUUACUUAUUCGAGCAGAUGCUGAGGGGAAGCUUCAGCUGUCCAGUGGAAGAAAGGAAUCCUUGGCAACAGCAGACCAAUUGCAUCGCAAUACUUUGGGUGAUGAUCAUCCACUGGUUGCCACCACACUACAAAAACGAUGUCAGAAAAAUAUUGAUCAGAAAAAUCUUACUCUGGCAGAAGAAUAUCUGGAAGCAAGCGCAAAAAUCUGUGAAAUUCUUAAAAGUAACUUACGAUUGCAAUUACAAAGUAGUAGUUUUGAUUUUCUUACCAAUUACAGUUUGGAUCAACACCCUGUUUUAAAGCGUCAACAGCAGCUAGAAAGGAGAGUAAGGGGCAGUCCUGUUGGGGCAUGGUUUUGUUGA